AUGAAUGAAGAUCUGAAGGUUAAUUUGAGCUGGCUGCCUCAGGAUCAUGUAGAAGCCAGCUCUACAGAGAAUGCCUCAGCUGCAGGCUCCUCCCUGGUUCCUGCCGUAGACCCUGAGCCAGAGCUUUUGGUAAACCCCUGGGACAUUGUCUUGUGUACUUCAGGGACCCUUAUCUCCUGCGAAAAUGCCGUUGUGGUUCUGAUCAUUUUCCAUAACCCCAGUCUUCGCGCCCCCAUGUUCCUACUGAUAGGCAGCCUGGCCCUGGCAGAUCUCUUAGCAGGCAUUGGAUUGAUCAUCAAUUUUGUUUUUGCCUACCUUCUGCAGUCAGAAGCUACGAAACUGGUUACGAUUGGACUGAUUGUUGCCUCUUUCUCGGCAUCUGUUGGCAGCUUGCUGGCUAUCACUGUUGAUCGUUACCUCUCCCUGUAUUAUGCUCUGACUUACAAUUCAGAGAGGACUGUCACUUUUACCUAUGUCAUGCUUAUAUUGCUCUGGGGAGCCUCUAUCUGUAUUGGACUGCUGCCUGUAAUGGGCUGGAACUGCCUCAGAGAUGAAUCCACCUGCAGUGUUAUCAGACCACUCACUAAAAAUAAUGCAGCUGUCCUUUCGGUCUCUUUCUUGCUUAUGUUUGCCCUCAUGCUGCAGCUCUACAUCCAGAUCUGUAAAAUCGUGAUGCGCCAUGCCCAUCAGAUUGCCUUGCAACACCAUUUCCUGGCCACUUCCCACUAUGUGACCACCCGGAAAGGAGUGUCUACUUUGGCCAUUAUUUUGGGGACUUUUGCUGCUUGCUGGAUGCCUUUUACGCUCUAUUCUUUAAUAGCAGAUUACACCUAUCCUUCUAUAUACACCUAUGCCACCCUCCUGCCAGCUACCUACAAUUCCAUCAUCAACCCUGUAAUAUAUGCUUUUAGAAACCAGGAGAUACAGAAAGCACUUUGGCUCGUCUGUUGUGGCUGUAUUCCUUCUAACCUGUCUCAGAGGGCAAGAUCACCCAGUGAUGUCUGAUUGGCAGCCACGAGGACGCUCCUUAACAUGUUACUUUCCAGACAUUCUGUCUUUGGUUUAGAUGCAUUCUUUAAGUGGUGUGUGAUGGGUUCACAUAAAAACCGCAGGAUGGACUGACCUUUUUGUAAAGAGAAAACCCCAGCGACCGAAAUCAAUCGGGUGGUUUAAGA